GUUGUCGUAAGGUGUUUGUAAUGUUAGCUAUAUGAACAUCCCAUCUCAAGUGAUAUUGCAUCCCCAAAUUUUGGUGAUUGGCCUUUGAAAUAACUGAGAUGUAUAUCGCAGUCAUUUUGUCUUUCCUCACAGUGGUAAGCACUUUUGUGCACGCGAAGGGCCCUCAUCAUCCUAGAGGAGGGAAAGUGGUGAAGAGGCACGUACAUUACAGACCUACAAAAUCAUCUCCAAAAAUUAACGAAGAUGCACAGCUUUUACAUGAUAAAGAUCAUAUUCAGGAACACUUAGAAGAAGUUAUUCCAAAACCAGAUUUGUCUAAAAUGACCGACGAGGAACUGGAGUUUUAUUACUUCCAAUUGCAUGAUACGGACAAGAAUAGUAAACUGGAUGGCUUGGAAAUUUUACAUGCUAUAUAUCACACUGACGACGAAGAACAUGAGGAGAACCAGCACGAAGAAAACAAUACCGACUCAAUGGCUGUCAUUGAACAUUAUAUAGCAUUGAUAGAUGAGGUUCUGCAAGAAGAUGAUGUAGAUCAGGACGGUUACUUGACGUACUCAGAAUUCAUAGCUGGCAAAAGAAGCAAAAACAGGAGGUCAGGGAAAGCAAGUACCAGCACCAGUACAGCUACGUAAAAUUAUGACUCGGAAGGGUCAAACAUGCUAAAUUUUAAAGUCAAUGUAGGUAAUACAGUCUAACACCUGGAGGUUCAACAAAAUAAACAAGGAGGAAUUACUGAUGGGAUGAGCAGUAAAAAAUGUAAACAAAUUGUUUUCAAUUGUUUUCAGUGGAGAACUAUUCUUUUUUUUUCUGAACAGAGAACUAUUGUUUUUUCACUGUUCUUCUGAUUAACAAGUUUAGUAAUGACUUGGAAUAAAAUUAGUUCUGGUUUAGAUUGAAGAUACAUAUAAUGCAGAAAUAAAGGAAAAACAUCAAAAAAGCAUCAUCUAGCAUUAAGCUCUUCCUUUUGCAUAUAUAUUGAGGAAAUAUGAAUGGGAGAGGAUAAUAUAGCAAAAAACAGCUUUUUCAUGACAGUGGACAAUAAACAGUCAAAUAGGUUGAUGCAAAUUGUAAAUUGAAUGAUGCUGUACAUAACUGUAGCACAAUAAUAAAGAUAUAAUU